CCCACCACAACUGAACCGGACCUCUCUUCCUCUUCCACCACCGCUGGGUCUAGCGGCGGCGGCGGAACCGAAUCCCGGUCGGUCGGUGCAGUGAUGGAUCGCGGGCACCGCGCGCCAGCGGCGGCGGCGGCGCUGUGGGGGCACAAGCACCUCCCGCUGCUGGCGCGCGCGGGGUCCAAGGAGUCGCUGGAGUACAUCCUGCAGGCGCUCUGGCGCACCCGCCGCACCGGCCUCGACGCCGCCGAUCGCGCCGUGGCCCGCGACGCCCUCCAGCUCGCCUGCGACGCCGAGCUCGACCCCCUGCUGGUGUGCCUGAGGAUACUGAUCAGGCGGUGCGUCAGCGAGGACGUCUCCAAGGACGACAUCCCCAAGCUCUUCCCCGACGAGGUGCCGCCCGAGUUGCAGAAGCUGCUCACGUUACUGCUGCAGAAGUUCCAGCCAGAGUGGCAGGAGGAUGCUUCAAAGGAUCAGGCAUCUGCCCCGCAUAAUGGAGACACAACAGAGCAGCCAGAUGUUCCUGAUGCAGAAUGUCAGUUGAACCAGAAUGGAGACACAUCAGAGCAUCCAGAUGUUCCUGAUGCAGCGUAUCAAAAUGGUACUGCAUCUUUUCAGGAUCCUAUAAAAUCAGGAGAGAAAGUAGUGAAGAAGUUUCCAUUGGCUAAGGAUUCUUUGGAUAAAAUGCUCAAUGACUUGUUCUCAACCAAGGAUCAAAUGCCAGUUGCUGUAAGCAUACUUGGAUUGCCGGGCAGUAGCAAUGGUCAUCAAGAGGUAGAAGGAAGCACUUCUAAAAUGUGAUGGGAUUUGCCAACAUCAUUAGUCUAGUGCUUGUUAGUAAUUUGGCAUAAGCAUAACAAUGCUUGGUUGUGUUAGUUUGCUCUAGAUCGUUGCGGCAACUGCAUUCCGUAUCUGCCAAGGGGCAAAUGUAAAUCGAAAGGAUGUUCCUGAGUCCUGACUUCUUGUAAAUUGAUACAUGUUUUAAGUCCAUUGCUGGUAUCGGUGCCGUGGGCUAUGGCAUACGGAAACUGAUUCUUCCAUUUACAUUGCUGAGAAGGGAACAUAUGUCUUCACGUGUGUCCAGCUUAUAAUAUGUUGUUCAUAUCUUAGGUAUCUCUAACUCCUAUGUAUUAAUGUAUUGUUUCAAGCAGCAGCAUUCUUUGGAUC